AUGAGUGCCAUCGAACAUGUAUCUGACCAGGACGUAAUGUGCCAGAGGUGCAAGGAAGCAAAGGCUAUUUUGAAAGCUAGAAGCGAGUUUCAUUGCAAGCAAUGUUAUUUACGACUUGUACGGGGGAAGCAAAGGAAGCAGAUGUCUGCUGAGAAAUAUAAAAUCAACUAUAGAAAAUCAAGUCUGGGAGAACUAGAAAAGGUUUUGGUAGCAGUAUCAGGUGGUGUGUCCUCGCUUGUUCUACUAGAUGUUUUGGGAAAUUUACUAUUGGAGCAAAAACAGACUCAUCGAGGAUUGCAAGGGUUCGAAAUUGUUGUGGUCAACUUGGACGAGCGAGAGUUGAAUUCGUUGAAUGCAGACGUAAGCUCAUCCCUAGAGAUGAUUCUACCUCGAUUCGAACCAGUGAAAAUUUCGUUUAAAACUAUUUCUUUGGACUCUUAUGUGGACUUGUCGAGCUUGAACGAGAUUAGCAUCGAGAACGACUUCAGCACAUUGGCAAAUCCUGUGGAUGUACAGUCAUGUACUUUCAUUGAUUUGUUGAAUAAGUGUCAGAACAAAUCCUCGGCGGAGGAUUUGCUAACUAUUGUGUGUGAAAAGUUACUCUUGAAAGCUGCAUACGAAGAAGGAUGUGGAACUAUUGUGUAUGGUCACACCAUGACUAGGACUGCCAAUGAAGUCAUUGCUCUAACUGUUAAAGGAAGAGGCUCUUCUAUACACAAGUCGAUAUCAAAUAGAACAGAGAUGUUCAAAGACAAGGAAAUUGAUAUAAUAUACCCUUUGCGCGAUUUGUUGUUUGCAGAGAUUGAUGAGUAUGCCAAGCUUUCUGACUUGAAGAGGUUUGUAGUUGAGUCGGAAGUGGUCAAAUCUAGAGUGUCCAAAAACUUAACUAUUCGAGAUUUGGUUGGCAAUUAUUUCAGCAACUUGGACGCCACCGGUUAUUCGUCAACAGCGUCCACUGUGAUGAAGAUUGGUCAAAAAUUGGGUUCUCCAGAGUUGAAGAUACAGACAAGUUGUAAAUUGUGUGGCGUCAACAUAUACCAGGAUCCAAAGGGCUGGUUAAAGACGAUUACAGUAAAUGACCCAGCACCAAUUCAAACAGACGAGGAGAAGGAGUAUUUGGAAAUGUAUUUAUCAGCCACUCACCAAAGUCCAAAUCAGGCUAUAAAUGGUGAUAAGAUUGAUCUUUGCUAUGGUUGCAUCACCACUUUGAAUGGGAUUCGAGCAAAUGAAGGUUUUGUUUGGCCAAUUGAGCCAGAUUUAAAUCUCAGUUAUAGCAGAGAGUCAACUGAGGUUGAAAAGCAGCAAGUGCUAGACGAAUUUGUAUUGACAGAUACCGAAGAGUAG